CGCAGCUAGUCCGUAACAACGCGCGACCGACGCCGCGUCCUGAUUUUUUUAAGUAAUUUUUGUAAAAAAAAAGUACUUCAAAUAAUGAUAAGUUGAUACCAAAGUGCCGUGCUUAGUGAUUGCUUCUGAAGUGUAUUUCACUAUUGUGCUUUAAACGCCACACACACGUAGAACACAAAAAUGCCAAUUGGUAACGUGAAUAGAGAGACGGCCCCGAAGAGGGAAACUUUCAGGCCCCCAUGGGUUAAGGAGAAGGAUACAGAGGCGCCACCAGCCUGGCUGCAAAAAAAAUUAAAACCCGUGGAAAGUACUACGAAGAACCCGGAAAGUGACACUCCACCUGCACCCUCUGCAAUUACAAAACCACUUAAACCAGUUCUUAAAAAGCAAUCAACGAUAAGAGAAAAAACUGAAAACGGUGUGUCUGAACAAACAGAAGAAAAACUCGUUAAGCCAUCGGCAGCUAAGCUAGCCGACAAAGCUUCAAAGUCUGAAGAUAAACCAAAAUUCGUAAAACCUUCUAUAAAGUUCAACGAAAAAACAAGUAAAUCAGAUGAUAAAGUUAAUAACGAUAAACUACCAGAAAGACCUAUUCUCAAAAGCGUCAGGACUAUUGAUGAUAAAGGUAAAGAAAAGUCAGUUAGUAUAAAUGAUAAAAAACCAAUAGAGAGAAAUGAUACAGUAAAACAAAACAAUACGAUAAACGAUAAAGAUCCUAAAGCAUCUAACAGCUUAAAUAAUCUCAAAAAAGAUAAAACUAUUGAUAAAACAAAGGCGGAUGAAAAACCUAAUGAUAAAUUGACUACAAACUUAAACAGUAACUCCACUAAGGACAACAAAAAACUUGAGAAAGUUACUGAAAAAUCAAAAGAAGAAGAGAAGACUGAGGAUAAGUCUAAAAUGGCAACAAAACCACCGACUCCCCUUGACAAAACUCCUUCCAAGCUUCCACCCCGCAAGCCAUCGCUGCAAAAGGCACCAUCAAAGGAUGAUGUUAUGCUAAAAAAAUGGAGGGAUCCUUUGCAUGAACGCGUUAAAGAAAACAUUGAUAAAACUCUGGCAAAUGAAAUUCCAAAAGGACACACUUUAACAAAGAACGAAAGCUUAAGAAGCCUACUGAAACCUGCACCACCACCGAUGCCACCGCCAUUGCCACCGAAACUUCCGCCACCACCAGACUUUAAAAAGGCACCUAUAGAUCCUACGAAAUUGAAAAAAAUAGAACAACUCCGUAGCCGACCAAGAAGGAGGCCUGAUUGGAGUGAUAUGAUGAAAGAGGUGGAGCAAGGAAAAAAAUUAAAACAUGUUGUAUGUAAUGACAGGUCAAAACCAAUCAUCACACAAUCAGUAGUGAUUAAAAAUAAGGAUCAAUUUAUAUUUGAAUCUGAACAACCCAAUUCACACAAUGAACUGUUGAGGGAAAUAACAAAAGGUGUAAAACUCAAAAAAGUAAGAACAAAUGAUAGAAGCAAACCUAAUUUAGAAGGCUUAAGGAAAUUCAGAAGGCAGAUGACCAUAGAAGAACAAGUCCAAAAGUCAAUGUCACAGGCUAAUCUUGCUGCCUCCCCAUCGGGUGUAUCUAUAGCGGAGACAUCUCAGGCUGUCGAAGAAGAUGAAAUUGACGAAAUGGAUGAUAUUGACAAAGUUAGAGACGAUCUUCAAUCUACUAAGCAGCUAUUAGCUAUUGAACUUAGAAAUAAAGAAGCCCAAGAAAGAGAAAACAAGCGCUUGUUGACUAGGAUACAAAAUCUAGAAGCGGAACUGGCAAGAGAACGCGCUAUUAUUAAACAAGAACAACACAAAACUGUAAUAUCUGUGACAGAUGCCUAUGAUGAACGAUUAGUUAAUAAUCUAAAAAUGGAAGUUGAAAAGGCGAAGGAAACGGCGGAUAAUUUAGAAAAACAAUAUUUAAUAGCAGCAGAAGAAAGAGAUGAUGCACAGACAGAAUUAGAAGAAGUGAAGAGGCGAAAUGCAGAAUUGGAAAGGAAAUUAGAGCAAGCUCUUUCAGGUAAAAUUGACGAGCUAAUGAAAUCGGAGGAGCCGUUAUCUUACUAUCAAAAAAGUCAGCUUGACUUUUUAAAGCAGUGUAGGUUAUUGAAUAUAGAUGUUAACUGCCCCGAAGCUCAGCAAUUAAAAUCAAACCUUUCUGACGCUAAUACUACUAAUAAUGCUUUUACUAAUAACCAAGAGGACGAGGGAAUCAUUCCUACAAAUGUUGGAUCAAGACGUUCUAGUCAUGCCAUCAAGCAACUGUCUGUGACCAAGGAUGAAAGCUUUGACGAAGAAGAAGAAUCAGAAGAAGAAGAGGAGGAGAGUGAAGAAAAGAAACAGAAAAGAAUAGAGAAAGAAAUCCGCAACAUGAAAAAUAAAAUCCGCCAUUUGAAGGAGAAGCAAGAUAACAUGAAGAGAGAGAGAAUGGGCUAUAAAAUGGCAUUAAAGAACCAGCAAGCUUGUCUCAAGGAAGAAAAACGUAAGUAUAAGGAACUGAAACGUGAAGUUGACAAGAUGGCUGCUAUGAUGAAGGAAGUUGGUACGGACGAGGAAGAUGAAGAAGACGAGGAGGAAGAGUCUGAAGAAGAAAAGAAGAGUGAGACUGAAGAGGAAGAAACUGAAACCGAAACAGAACAAGACACUGAAAGUGAAACGGAGAGUGAAAGUGAACCAGAGGACGCGCCGCUGCCGAAAAAGAAAGACAAUCUCACGAAGCGUUUGAAAAGACAUGAAACAAGAGUGAACGCCUUGAAAAAAGGCAAUACACUUCUCAGUGCGAAUGUCGAUCGACUAAAAGACGAUGUCCUCAUACAAAAGGAGAAGUCUCUCUCACUCCAGAAAGAACUGGACUCUCUUAUUGAAGAUUUAGAAUAAAAAAGAUAUAAAUAUUUAUUUUACGUAAUUUCAGCUUUUAAAUAAUGUUUCUAAUAUGAAGAAUAAAAUAAACGUGAAUGCUUAUAUUUUAUAAAAUUAAUUCUUUAAAAUGAAUUUGAAUUUUUGCACACUGGCUACUAUUGUUUUUUUUUUAAGUAAUAAUUAUAUUUAUAAACCUUUUAAACAGUUCUAUUGUCUAUAAUUCAGUAAGGCUUAAGCUAAAAUUAACUUACCAUCCGCUGGAAAAUUUUCUGGAAAAAUAACUUUAAAACUAAGAUUACAUAGGUUUAAUAUUACGUAGCUAAUAAAGCUAAAGUGUUAAUACCUAUUUUGUUAUACCAUAAUUAAUAAGUGCCUAUCUCAGUCCCAUUAGAAAUAUUAUGCUAUCUGUGUGAGAAAAGUUUUUAUCGCUAGCUUUUUUGUAUACCAACAUAUGUAAAUAGACUGAAGAAACCUGAUUUUAGGUAGCUUGGAUCUAUAAAAUUUAUCUUCGACUUUAAUUUAAUUCUGUAUUUACACACUUUUACGUUAUUUUAGGUAGAUAGAUAUAUAA